UUGUGGGUAUGGUCCUUCAUUAGACACUUCCCAUAUUUGGUUUCACCUGAAAUAUUACCCUCACUCUUUUAAAAAUAUUUCCCAUCUAUUUUUAACCCAGGCCUUGGACAGAGACACUGAGACCUGUGCCAUUCUCUGGUGGUUGUGAAAGCUCACAUUGUUUUUGCUCUUUCACCCCAUAUUAAAAGAUAACGAUGACAAGGGGCGCGUUUGUUCUGCUGGCCAGACUGUGCUUGUUUUGCAGGCAGCUUCGCAAGGGAGCCUGCGGCUAAGUGAACGCAAACAUGCGCAGUGUCCUGCAGGUGCCGCUUGCCAUGGGUGAGAUGAUGAUGAUGAUGAUGAGGCUGCCUGCCUUGUACAUGGUGCUGAUGUUGCAGUGAUUUCAUCAGCCUUCCUUCGCCCGGAGCUGCAAGCCAAGCUGCUCACAGGCCGCUGCGGCAGCGAGUGUGAGCGGGAGGAGCGGCGGGGACAGCCCGGCGGCAGCUGCUUGUCCCCGGUCGCCAUCGCCAUCGCCAUUGCAUCUCUCUGUCUGUGCGUCUCUCCCCCCAGCACCUUGUGACUUCCCUUCUGUAGUGAGGACGCUACACCCGGAGUAAGCUCUUCGCUGCAUCUCAUUGUGUUCUUCCCAUUUACACGCAAUAUUGUUUUUUUAAUUUUUCUGUAGGGGAACUCGUGUUGCAAUCUGUGUUCGGGAUUAUUUUUGUUGAAUUGCCCGGGACGUCUGUGUAUCGAGCAAAGUGUUGAUUGCAACAAACCCUCGCCGCCUGCGGCAGGCGUCUCUGUCUCUCUCUCUGCGUCCUCCCCCCCUCCUCCCUUCCCUGUGUGUGCCGGAGCGAUGGCAGCGACCUUGGACGGCGCAAGGAGCCACUACCUGGAGCCUGUGAGUUUGUCCGGGGUUUAAGUGGAGCCGGCGGGUGUGAGCGGCCCCAGGUCCCCCCCACCCCAACCCCCGCUGCCACGCCAGCCGCCCCGGGCUACACACAGUGCCAGCCGCCCCUUUUUUUGUCUCAACCUCGUCCCUUCUUCACCCAUCCACCUACCUGCAUGGUUGUGACAGCUCGCCAUUGCCUGAAUGCCUUUCUCCAGGUUUAAAGAUGGAGUAACACCACUGGUGUGAUACAGAGAGGGAGAGAGAGAGGAGGGAGGGCAGCGGCACAUCGCACCAACAAACAACAUCCAUCUCAGCCGAUCCUGUUCUGAGCUCGACCAAAGCGCUGGAACAAUCAAGGAUAUUCAUCAGGCGAUGUGAGGAGGCAUUCAGAGGGAGGAACGGACUGAAUCUUGGACUGAAACGUCCUUUUGUGUUUGCAAGUACUGUUUUUUUUUUAGCAUUACUCACGAUGAACCGUUUGUAAAGAAGAGAAAUUGGCCCGAAUCUUGCGACCACUGCAGCCUCACCACAAGGCCAGAAGACCUCUGAUUUUUGUUGUUGUUUGACAGUUGUGUAGUUGAUGUGUGGUCAACUUCAGUGACUUGUGGGUUCCCUGUGGUUAGAGUCUACGUACAGGCUUGCAUCUUCUUGACUUGAAUUAUUUAUCCAAUUUGACCAGUGGAAAGAAAUCCUCAGAUCAGUGAAGAUGGAGGCUAUUUGGGUGUAUCAGUUCAGACUGAUAGUCAUUGGGGACUCAACGGUGGGGAAGUCGUGCCUGAUCCGCCGCUUCACAGAGGGGCGCUUUGCCCAAGUCUCCGACCCCACAGUCGGGGUAGAUUUCUUCUCGAGAUUGGUGGAGAUCGAGCCAGGGAAGCGGAUUAAGCUCCAGAUUUGGGACACGGCUGGUCAGGAGAGAUUCAGGUCUAUUACUCGUGCAUACUACAGGAAUUCAGUGGGAGGACUUCUGUUAUUUGAUAUUACCAACCGUAGAUCCUUCCAAAACGUCCACGAGUGGUUGGAAGAGGCCAAAGUUCACGUCCAGCCAUUCCAGAUCGUCUUUGUGCUAGUCGGCCAUAAAUGUGACCUAGCAUCUCAGCGGCAAGUCUCCAAGGAAGAGGCAGAAAAGCUCGCUGCCGCUUACCGGAUGAAAUACAUUGAGACAUCCGCAAGAGAUUCCAUCAACGUUGAACAGGCCUUCACUGACCUGACGAGGGAUAUUUAUGAACUUGUGAGGAGGGGCGACAUUGUGAUGCAAGAGGGUUGGGAAGGAGUGAAGAGUGGUUUUGUUCCAAAUGUGGUCCACUCAUCAGAGGAAGCUGUCAAAUCAGGCAGGAGAUGCCUCUGCUAAUUAAAGAGUGGAAGCGUUUAAAUUGGAUAAGUUCCUUCGCACGUAGAGACUGUACCAAAUAAAUACUGUUGGCCUUUUUAAGUUUGUAUUGCAAAAAAUUCACUAUUUCCACACGGUGGCCAUCUUGAUCUAUAAAUUAUGGGGCAGCCCUGAGCAGUCAGUUACCCUAUUCUGCAAAUGAUGAUGAAGAAUUUCCAAGAGGGAUGAUUAUCCCUCUGCCCACAAACUGACAACCUAACCCUGCCCCUUUGUACCACUGGGAUGGGGUUCCCCAUUUUAAGUUUGAAAAUUGCAAUAAAGUGCCUGCGUAUGGAUCAGACCAAUAUCUACACCUUACUCUAAAAGAGGAAAGGAAGGCAGUUGAAGAACCUGCAUCACUACAUUGAUUUGAUCAACCUGUGCAUAUUCCUGGUGCAGGUGAAGAUCUUCUAUGUAACCUACCUGUUCCCAAUCAGUCACCCAUGACUUAAUUAGAGAAGAUCCCAGUAGUAAAGUCACAACAUUUAGGAAUUUAUUUUGCCCAAGACCUAUUUAAAAUUGAGAUUAUGUCAUGUGUAGAAAAAUGUUGUUCUUAGAUUGCAGCUUCAUGAACUUGUUCUUUGGGUCUGGACAUCACCAUUGACCCCAAUUCUACCACGGGCUCCUCCAACAAGAUUCAUUGGGCAGUAAAUGAUGAACGGGGACCCCUGCCAUUUUCUCCUGAAUAGGCAGGAGACACUAAAACCUCAAAUGCUCUUUAAUUAUCUCAAAUGCCAUUGAUCUUACACAGAAUGGUAAUCCUCCAUGGUCAAUAUGGCUCAUGAAGCAUUACUUAUAAUUUCAUCAAAUAGUUCUCUAUAAUAGUGGUAGAGAGAACAUCAAAGGGGAAAAAAAAUUAAAUCAAUAACAUCUAAUGUGAGUGAAUAGUGAACAUUUUGGAUCUGCAAAAUUAACAAGGCCUUUCCUAGCCUAUGUGUAGUGAGUGUACAAACAGAUAAAGAGGUAUUUGUAAAUCAGUAAGUUGACUAUAUGCUGUAUAUGAUAGAUCAGUGCUAUUGAAUGAUUCAUUACCUUGCUGAAUAAAUGGUUAACCCAUCUGGUCAUUA